AGGGUUUUUUUCCCGUUGUGGGCGUAGGGAUCUCGCGCUAUAUAAGUGGGUCGGGCGAAUCGCCGGAUCCUCUUUCGAGUCUUGGCUCCAAGAUGACCAAAAAAAGAAGAAACAACGGUCGUGCCAAAAAGGGCCGCGGCCAUGUGCAGCCAAUUCGCUGCACGAACUGUGCCCGGUGCGUGCCCAAGGAUAAGGCCAUCAAGAAGUUUGUCAUUCGGAACAUCGUAGAAGCCGCUGCUGUCAGGGACAUAUCUGAAGCAAGCGUCUUCGAUGCCUACGUGCUUCCCAAGCUCUACGUCAAGCUUCAUUACUGCGUGAGCUGUGCCAUCCAUAGCAAGGUCGUCAGGAAUCGAUCCCGCGAAGCCCGGAAGGACCGGACACCACCACCACGAUUCAGACCUGCUGGCGCUGCACCUCGACCUCCACCAAAGCCCAUGUGAAGAGGUGGCUUUUGUAAGGGAGGGAGGAAAACUGCUCUGGAAAAAUAAAAUGGAAGUUGUACUUUA